UGCCAGGGCGUCAGCGCCGGCGGCCGGCCCCGAGCGCGUUCCGCACGGCGCAGGCAGGCACCGGGGGUUGGGGCUCGCAGCGGUAGCAUGGGUGCUGCCGGUUUUCCGUGGCGCUGUUGUUUGUUUCUCGCCCUCGCCUGGGCCGGCAGGUUGACGGGAGGCAGCGGGGGUGCAGAUGUUGACGAGUGCGCAGAAGCUACAGAUGACUGUCACAUCGAUGCGAUAUGCCAGAACACACCAAAAUCCUACAGAUGCAUCUGCAAGCCAGGCUAUAAAGGCGAAGGGAAACAAUGUGAAGAUAUUGAUGAGUGUGAAAAUGACUUCUACAAUGGGGGCUGCGUCCAUGAGUGCAUCAACAUUCCAGGCAACUACAGAUGUACCUGCUACGAUGGGUUCAUGUUAGCCCAUGAUGGCCACAACUGUCUUGAUGUCGAUGAGUGUCAGGAUAACAAUGGAGGGUGCCAGCAGAUAUGUGUAAAUACUAUGGGCAGCUACGAAUGUCAGUGCAAAGAAGGCUUUUUUCUGAGUGAUAACCAGCACACCUGUAUUCAUCGCUCCAUUGAGGGUAUGAACUGUAUGAACAAAGAUCAUGGGUGUGCACACAUCUGCCGGGAGACGCCCAAAGGUGGGGUUGCCUGUGAAUGUAGGCCUGGCUUUGAACUUGCCAAAAACCAGAAGGACUGCAAAUGUAGUUGUCCCAAAGAGUUGAAGCCUCUCCCCUCCCCCAGAACAUUUCAUUACACUCCCUUUCUCCCCCCUCCUCUUUGUCUUUUUCUCUUUCAUUUUGCAGAAACAUGUGCUGUCAAUAAUGGAGGCUGUGAUCGGACUUGCAAGGAUACCGCGACAGGAGUACGAUGCAGUUGCCCAGUUGGAUUUACACUGCAGCCUGAUGGGAAAACAUGCAAAGAUAUUGAUGAAUGCUUGGUAAACAAUGGUGGCUGUGACCAUUUCUGCCGAAACACGGUUGGCAGCUUUGAAUGCAGCUGCCAGAAAGGCUAUAAACUGCUCACAGAUGAACGGACCUGCCAAGAUAUAGAUGAGUGUUCCUUUGAAAGGACCUGUGAUCACACCUGCAUCAACUACCCUGGAAGCUUUGAAUGUCUCUGCCAUAAAGGCUACACUUUGUACGGGCUGACACACUGUGGAGAUAUUGAUGAAUGCAGCAUAAGCAAUGGCAGCUGUGACUAUGGAUGUCUGAAUACAAUGGGGAGCUAUGAGUGUGUCUGUCCACCUGGAAAGAAACUGCACUGGAAUAAAAAAGACUGCGUUGAGAUGGUUAAAUGUCUCCCAAAUGCCAAACCAGCUCCCAAGGCUCAGCUAGUGUGUAGUAAGACAGGAGGAAUAGAGAGCUGCUUUCUGUCAUGCCCAUCCAAUACUCUUUUUGUUCCAGAUUCAGAGAACAGCUACACGCUGAGCUGUGGUGUUCCUGUCCAGCAAAGCAAGGCUCAACAGAAACGCAAUGCCACCCUUCCCAGCUGUGCAGAUUCCUUAGCUCCUCCAAUCAAGCAGAAAGCUCGUUUUAAAAUUAAAGAUGCAAAGUGCCACUUACGGCCUCGCAGCAAAGAAAAAACAAAAGAUACUGGGAAGCAAGCUGUUUUAGACAACUGCCAUGUGACCUUUGUGAAUCUCAAGUGUGAUUCCUCCAAGAAAAAGCGCCGGGGCCGCAAGUCACCAUCAAAAGAAGUGUCCCAUAUCACUGCCGAGUUUGAAGUGGAGAUGAAGUUGGAAGAAGUCUCAGACACCUGUAACAUUGACUGUGUUCGGAAAAGGAUGGAGCAGAAGCUGCAAACUGCAAUCAAAACAUUAAGGAAAUCUAUUAAUAAACAGCAAUUUUACAUUCAGUUUUCUGGGAUAGAAUAUGAAGUGGCUCAGAAGCCAGCUAAAGCUACUGAAGGGCACGAAGCUUGCAGUACAGGGCAAGUGCUGCAGGAUGGAAUAUGCGUUACCUGCAGCACGGGCACCUUUUACAGCGGAGAACAUAAUCAGUGCAUUCCUUGCUCACCAGGAACAUACCAAGACACAGAAGGUCAACUUACCUGUGAGCCUUGCCCAAGUAAUGAUGGACAGGGAGUAGCGGGUGCCCAGAAUGUGUCAGAAUGUGGAGGGCAGUGUUCUCCUGGACACUAUUCUUCAGAUGGUUUUAAACCUUGUAGAAUCUGUCCUCUUGGUACAUAUCAGCCUGAACCAGGAAGGACCCUCUGCUUUCCCUGUGGUGGAGGGCUUGUGACCAAGUAUGAAGGUGCUGUUUCCUUCCAAGACUGUGAAACCAAAGUUCAUUGUUCUCCUGGACACUACUACAACUCCACAACACACAGAUGUAUCCGAUGCCCUGUAGGAAAAUACCAGCCCGCGUUUAGCCAAAAUUACUGCAUCACCUGCCCUGGGAACACAAGUACAGAUUUUGAUGGCUCCACUAAUGUUACACACUGCAAAAACCAGCACUGUGGAGGAGAACUUGGUGAUUAUACCGGCUAUAUUGAAUCGCCCAACUAUCCUGGAGACUACCCAGCUAACGUUGAAUGCAUUUGGAAUAUAAAUCCACCCCCAAAGAGAAGAAUACUCAUCGUAGUACCUGAGAUAUUUCUUCCAGUUGAAGAUGAAUGUGGUGAUGUUUUAGUAAUGAGAAAAAGUGCUUCUCCUACUUCAAUUACUACAUAUGAAACAUGUCAGACUUAUGAGAGACCUAUUGCAUUUACUUCAAGAUCCAGGAAGCUAUGGAUUCAGUUCAAGUCAAAUGAAGGAAACAGUGGCAAAGGAUUUCAAGUCCCCUAUGUCACUUACGAUGAGGAUUACCAACAACUAAUAGAAGAUAUUGUUCGAGAUGGACGAUUAUAUGCAUCAGAAAAUCAUCAAGAAAUUCUAAAGGACAAGAAACUGAUUAAAGCUCUCUUUGAUGUACUGGCACAUCCACAAAACUAUUUCAAGUACACAGCACAAGAGUCAAAAGAGAUGUUUCCAAGAUCAUUUAUAAAGCUACUGCGAUCAAAAGUUUCCAGAUUUCUACGACCGUACAAAUAGUGGUAUUCAGUUUGGGGUUAUUUUGCAUUCUUGUUGAAUAUUGUCUCUCCUCCAUAGUAGAAACAUUUGGUAAUUUGAAGGCUCUUUUUUGUAGUCUUUGUUUUCAGUUGUAUAUUGAAGUAUACCUACAAUGUUUUAUAAUCAUUAAAAGCCAAUGUUCUAAAUGGAAUCUUUACUACAAAAAAAAAUGUGGAUCCCUGAGUGCAUCUAAGUUGAAGAUACAAAUUUGUGUCUGUACUUGUGUAUCUUCACUUUCCAUUCAAAGCUACAUUAUGUAGAAAAUAUUCUUUCUAGUUUUUUAUUUUCCUUUCAAAAGUAAUUUUCUGCAAAGCAAAUAAGGCAUCUGUUCAAAUCUGAUUAAACUACCUGCCAUUAGGUUCUGUUGUAGAAAGAGGUAUGUAGUAUAAAUAAUACUUGGAUUUUGAAUUGCACUUGAAGUUUAUAUUUGAAUCUUUAGGAGAAAACAAAACAAUCUAAAUUUCAUUAUUGCUCAUUAUUGCUCAUUUGUGGCUUAGUGGAACCUCUGUCCAAGUAGAAAUCAAAAGGGAAGGAAGGGAAAAAAAAAAAAAAAAAAAAAAAGAUUUUUAGUUUUGUUUUAUGAAUUAAGUACGAUUGAGUCCCAUAUCCUAACGUUUUUAUCUGUCCUCUUCUAAACUUUUUCAGAGGUUUUCCAACUGUCUGCAAUAGCGUUGAAAUUGAUUGAGCUAAUGAAUUCUAUACAACCCUUUGGAGGCAGUUAAAAUAGGAUAGUUGAGAAAUGAACAACAGCAACAAAAGUAGUGUUCUGUUUUUCUUUCCCUUAAUAGAGCAUCUAAUUAAGUACAAUAUAUAAAUAUAUACUUCUAUUUGUGGGUACAUUAGCAAUGUUAUCUUUAGUUACUGUAAUUAUUCAUGCUUAAAUCUUUACUCCCACACACACUAUUUACUCGUAUCUAUUUGUAACUUUGCUUAGAUGAUUAAAUGACUUCUCUAAGUGUUUGUCACUUCUGUUAACACCAAACUGAAGGCUUUCAGAGUUUUAUAACACAGGAUAAUGGUUUACUUUGGGGGAUUCUCUUUUAACAUAUUAUUCCAAGAAUAUUAACGUUGGUUUAAAUGCAACUGCUGUGCAGUAAAGGGUCAGUUAUUACCUCUUUCAUGGGCACCCCUCACAGGCAGACCAGCAGAGUUACCCCUGAGGACGGCAUGCUUGCAAGGAACUUACUAAGGAGGAAAUGUUGUCAGAUCUGCCAGCUCAAAAAUGCUGAGAACAUACAUCUGCUGUGGGCCCAAGCUCCGAUGGGGCAGUGGGGGGACAAAGUUUUGAACUCCAGUUAGAUGAGUUGGAGGUCAGGCCCUGCAGGCAUCAGAGACCCAAUGCUCCCUUUUAUCACAAAUUUGCAGCCACAGUCCUUGGAAAACAUGAGGACUGUACAGUCUGCAAGAUAGCAUUAGCCUUGUGGUCAGGUCUUCUUCACAGAGUGACUGGUGCCUGGGGGUUAAGACGAUGAUAAAUCCUGUUUCCUGACACAGAAGCUAAUUUCAGUGAGAGUAGCCUCUUUAUUUUCAAGUCCCUUACUCUUUUGUAUUAUUUUCUUUUCUAACCAAUCAAGUUUAUGACAUGCAUAAAUUAACUAUCAUGCCAACAUCCUUUCAGAAAAAGACUAUUAUAACUGUUUUUUUUUCUUUUUUCUUUUUUUUGUAUCUCUACCCUGUAAUUUAAAUUACCCUUGGAUGCUCUCAAUGACAUACAUUAAGUGUUGUUAUGGUUAACUUUUGUCUUCGAGCAAGUGCUGUUUAAGUUUACAAAGUUGUCUUCUGUUGACUACAACUGGUUGAAUAUGCCAUUUCUAAGAGAUAACUUAAAUAUUUUGUUGAUUUUUUCUACUUGGCCAUCUUGUAUUUUUGCUUGCCUUCUUUCCUCUUCUGUUGAAGAAGACUUUUUUUUUCUUUUCUGUGCCUAAAUGGUUUCAACUUAGUCUAGCAACUCAGUUUUUUCACUUGUGGAUCUGCGGUCUUUGAAGAGCUUUGCCUUUAAUCUCUAUAUAUUUAUAUAUUAACCCUUGCUUCCAAACAUAACAGCUCCAUACAGAUUGUGUUUUAAAGGCUGUUAAACUUCCUUUUUAGAUCAGGGCUGAAAGUAACUGCCCUGAAAAGUCCAUAAACCACCGGAAGCACUGUAACAUUCUCCACAUUCUUAGCUGCAUGAGGAAUCCAGUGUUAUAUAGCAACUACAAUAUAGGCUUGUCCUGGUUGUAGCCUCUGUUACUGGGACCUUGGUACAGCUGUGAUAGGUGAAUACAGAAAGGACUAGCCUUGUUUUGCCAUGGUACAACUCACCUUCAAUUACAACUAUGUUAGACAAAAACCAUGUUUUGUCUAGUUCAUCCUGACAGACAACUUCAGAUGUGUUUUAGCUCAUGCUCCCUGAAGCCACAUGAGGGCAUGGACUCCACGGUCAGGACAGAGCACUCAGUGACUUCUGUAGCAAAUGCAGAAUUUGUGUUGCUGAUAACAGUGAAAGAGAUUAACUUAGCCUUCAAAAUUAUACACUGAAAUGCUUCUGAAUGCAUAGGGGUUUCAUGAGCCAAGUUUAAAUGCAUGCAGCUCAGCAUAGAAAUGCCAUUGAAUAUGCAAAUUUCUCAUGAAAAAAAAUAAUGGCAAGUGGUAUAUAGGAUCUUCUGAACCAAUUUCAGCUGAUUUUUAUGACAGCACAUAUUUUUUAGAUGAGCUCUAGAAGUAAAAAAUGCUUUGACAAACCUUAUCCAAGAAUAUCUUAACAGUUUCAGAAGGACAUAAGGAUUUUUAAUACUAGAUUUCCAGUUACAGAAAUUGGUAUUCACCAGAGAGAAGGUGAGCUGAGCUCUUCAUUUGUUAACAUAGCAUGGGGUGUUUUCACUGUAAGAAGUUGUUACUAUAUGAUAACAGUAUAACAAGGAAUGUCAUUUUCUAUGGAAAAGAUUUAGACAAAUUUAGCAAUCAGAAAACAUACAAAGUUAAAUACUGCCUUCUUUAAAAAAAUUAGCUUCAUGAAAUGAAUUGACACACGGCAGAAAUUUUUGGCUUUUACCCUAAAUGUGAAAUAGUGUAUUUAAACAUAUUCAGUAAAUAACCUCGCUCUAUCUAUUGUUGCAGAAUUUCACGUUGUGCCCAGAACAGGUUCAACAACAUGUUUGUGUUACAGUGGGAAGGCUGAAGAGGUGUCUGUUGGUGAUCACCCAAUUCCACAUCACAAACAAGACAAGCUUUUUAUUUUCAAUUUGCAAAUGGCCAUAUUCUUAAAAGCUGCACCUGUAGCACUUAACAUUUUAAGCCUCUCCUCCUGCUUUAAAUACUGCACUUAUUUUUAGCCAGGUGGUGGUGAAUCAUCCCCUAAGCAUUCUCAUGUGCCACCAAGUAACAGCCUGCACACUUGCUGCAAUCUAGGAGAUUGCAACAGUCAGAUGUCGCUAAUCAAGCCCUAAGUCAUGCCGUGAAAGUGCUUGUUAGUGAUUGUCGUAGGCAAGGCGCUUGUGUGUGUCACUUACAGGUACAGGGAGCACCGGGAUUUUGUGCUCACUAGGAGAUUGCUGCCUACAUCUUGCCUGCAACAUUAAGUUUUAUACUGCCUAAAGAUUUAGGUCCCUGAAACUGGGUUUAAAGCCACUAAAGUCUUCUUUCAGCCUGUUUUCUUGCCCUGCCUUCCUUCCUCCAUCAUGUAUUUUUACCUGAUGACUGACUUUUCAAAAGAAAAUUAUUUCCUUAUUGUGCCUCACCCAUACAAUAAAGUUAAAUCACAGUGUGUUAGACAUACUGAAGAUUUAGACCAAUCCUUCCUAUACAUCAGCUUCACAUUAGCUUUAAGUAAGAUUACUCUAGUAAGCUAAUUUUAGCUUAAUUUUGUUUUAGACCAACAUAAGUAAAGAUAGGUUUGGUUGCAGAGCUUUCAGAGUCUGCAUUUUGAUUUGUCAGAUGUUUUUUAAAGAGAACGGCUCUUCUGUAGACCUCUGUCUAUAUGCAGAAUGAACAGAUGAUGCCCCAUGAACAAGAAACAUGCUUAUGUGCAUUAAACAUUCAAAUAAGAAAGUCAAAUCUCACCCCAUUCCCCUUUGUGUGUCCAACAAUUUCAAAUUUCUCAGAUCAAUCUUAUGUACAAAGAACCCAGUUUUAAUCUUGUAGAUAACAAGUUCUAAUCUUCAAGAGCAGAAGCAGUGGUAUGAUUCUGGUCUGUGACAGCACCCAUAUCUGGACUCUAAAUACCUUUGAGUGCUCUUUAAAAAAUGAAGUUGCAGUGAAAUAUCUUCAAUAUCUGAAUUCAGUGACAAAUUCCUCAGCCACCUCAGGGGUCUGGGUUUCCCCUUUUCUGCAUUAUGGGAACAAGCAACAUGUUGUUAUGUGUACCUGUGUCAUGAUUUCAAGAAGUUGCAUUUUUUUCCAUAAUUUACAACUGCUCUUUAACAGGAACAGUAGUAACUGGAGAUGUUCUAUACACUCUCAAUACUUUAAGACAUUAAUGAAAUAGUUUUCUAGGAUGAGGGACUGUUGUAAGCACUUGCAGGGUAAAAAAAAAAAAUAAAAAUAAAAAUAAAAAAACAGUUAUCAAAGUAUCUAAAUAUAUACAAUUCCAGUUUGUUAUUUCAUUUAUUUAUUCUGUUUCAUCACUAAACUUUUAAUCUAUAAAAGUUAUAUGUAAUAUACAAAAGUAGAAUGUACAGAAGUACCUUUAGAUGUAAUAAUUUAAACCAUCUGUAUUCAGAAAGGUGAGAUAAGAUUAAAGAUCUACAAACAACUGCAAUUCAGUUUUAGCUGAAUUUCUCAAUAUCUAGGAAAAGAAGUGGCUUUGCUUAAUGAAACUUUAUUCUAAUGAUUGUGGAAAUAUCUUUUUUAGUUUGUUUUUGUUACUUUUUAAAUUAAAAUUAUUUUGUAAAUAUUGUUUUCUAUGUUUUCAACCUUAGGCCACUAACUUGCAUCGACAGCAGCAGAUACUUAACAGAUGAUUUUAAAGGUUCUUAUAGGACACUAUAGGUCAGUAGCCAGAUACAUCCUUCCAUCCUUCUCUUCUUAUUUCUACAGUCUCACUGGCGUCAUAGAAAUAAUUUUCUGGGACAACUUAACCUGCUAAUUUUCACAGAAUUGGCUAUCAAAUGCCAUUCUGAAGUGCUUACCAUUUUCACAUCAUAAAAAAAAUAUGUAUUUUAAAGUUAGUGCUAGUUCUUACUAGGGUAAGAAACAACACAAAAUUCAGAAAUAAAAGGGAAUUCAAAUGAUUAUCACCAAAUAUAGCAUAAAGACAAGGAAAGGUAUAGUAUCUGUGCUCAUAGGUAGCAGUGCAAGUGAUUACAUACUGGAUGAGAUCAUGAGCAUUUUUUAGGUAAAAUUGUCAUUGAGAUCUGUGGGAUUUUUACCUACAUUAAUUUCACUAUGAUCGUAUCCAUCAUUAUUAAGCAGGAAUUUCUGCUAGACUAGAUUUUGUGAAAAAUACCUGGAUGCGUAAUAUUGAUUUCUGUACCAAUUUGCUGUGUCUAAAUCACUGGUCAUGGGUGACAUUUUGAACUAAACCCUUGUAGAUGCUGCUUGGACUUCUAAGCUUUAUUAUGAAUGUAAAUUAUGUACAAACAGCUAUUCCCAUAUGAAAUGUACCAUGGUAGUUUAGAGCAAAGACAGUGAAUAACUGUACAAAAUUUUAUACUUAGAAACUAAAAUACAGUGAUUUAAGCUUUACCAAUAUUUUAACACUACUGUCAGAUUCGUAGUAGAAAAUGUUGUUGUAAAUGUACCUUAUAAGAAAAUACAUUUCCUUUUGCCUCUGUAUAUUAAUAGCUUUGUUUUCUAUGUCAAAGCUCAAAAUGAAGCAUGUAAGAAAAUUUUCUUAAAAUCAGUUUCAUAAUAAACACUAAAU